AGCGCCAGUUAUUUACGGCUCAUUCUAAAUCUAGCCUCUAACUGCGAGUCGCGGUAAACAGGACAGGCGUGUCUUCAGCAGUGCAAAUCGUCACUCGACAUAGUCGUCCGGGUCUCAUAUUAUUACGGCGUGAGGGUUUAAAAAUGGCUAUUUCUCAUUCCCAAAUGCCGUUUAAUCUAGCAGGACCAGUCCUUAGCGGAGGCCUGGCGGCUAGGCAACUCAGUCCGAGACCGGCCAUUUUCGCGUGUUCCCAAUCGAACAGGAAGCUUGCAGCGGAGCGCAUGGGGAGAGCCGUAGGGAGGUUUCUAGGGGGUGCCAGUGAGUUCCCGAGUGAUCUAGGGAGCGGGCGGCAGCUAGCCGGUUCUGCUCGUCACACGCAAGACCGUCCAGGUUCAUUGCACCCCCUUCGGUCGAGUGCAAGGUGGAGUCGAAGUGUCAUUGUCGCCCAAGCAACCCCGGGAGGGUCCACGGGGGAAACCAAAGGGGGAGAAACCGCGCGCGCAACAAGGGAGUCGCUGACGUCACUGCAGGAAUCGCUGACGCAGCUUCUGGGCGCAAUGGGGCUCCUGGCGAGCGCGGUAGGGGAGGUUGCGCGGGCGGCGGGGGAGGUGGCGGAAGCAGCAGGCGCGGAAAGGGGAAGCAGGGGAAGCGGUAGGGGGACUGGAUCGGAUAUAGCAGCAACCGCGGCUGCUGCUGCUGCUGCUGCGGCUGCGACGUCUGCUGCUGCUGCUGCAGCAGCGGCAGGAGGAGAGGUGGCAAAGGCCGCAGCAGCUGCUGCCGGUGCUGCCGCUGUUGCUUCUGCCAACGCAGCAGCAGCUGUUGCACCAGCAGCACCAGCAGCACCAGCAGCAUUAGAAGCAGCAGCUGUAGCGUCAGCUAGGGGGGGGAGGGGAAAAGGGCUUGAAGGGCAUGAGCUGGCGCUGGCUCUGCAGCGCGCGUUUGUGCAAGCCAGGAUCGAAGGGCUGGGGAAACCGAAAGAGGAGGCGCUAAAUGACUUUGUAGACGCAUGCAUGGCGGCACGAGCGCAUUCCCUGGGCUUUAAGGACCUCCAACUAAAGCUGCUGCUAGCCGAGGCUGCUCUGCCCGCCCCUUUCUCCAUGAUGGGCGGUGAUAGCUCUUGGGAAGGGGGGGAGGUUGGACGGGAGGGAGAGGAGAGAGAGGAGGGGAGAGAGGAGGGGAGAGAGGAGGAGGGGAGAAAGGAAGGAGGAAGCGAGGAGGAAGCCGAAGGUGGGAAAGCAGGGGGAGGAGGUGCGGAGGGGGAGGGGGGGGAAGGGGGGGAGGAGGAAAGGGUUGAAAAGGAUCUGGACAGCGAUGAUGAGAGAAGGGACAGCUCGCUUAAAGCCCUUCGAGGGCCCUUUCUGGCCGAGGAGGUGCGAGUGCGCACGCUGUGGGUGAGGCUAGUGUACACAACACUGAAUACGGUGGACAAUAUAAAGCGAGGAGAGGGGUACGAGGGGGUCGUGUCAGCAGACGGGUUGCAGCCCCCUGAACCCACCGAUGGAUUUGUACAGCAGACCAUCAAGGCAGCAUUUGACCAGGGCAGGGACUACGAAUUUGUGCGGAGAGAACAGGAGACCCAGUUGAAACCAGUGCCCCCUUCUAUUGCCACCCUGCAGCAGAUUCAGCUGCUCAUUCUGUUGGCGCUAUCCAAGGGCAUGGCUGCUGGCUCGUAGCAGUAAGGCGCUUUGGCUGGCUGGUACCAGGGCCAUCACUUGCGUCUACCUCAAUGCAGGCCCAGGUGGCUCCAGUGCCCGCCUUGUAGGAGCCGCCCUGCAGCAGAUUCAGCUGCUCAUUCUGUUAGUUCUAUCCAAGGGCACGGCUGCUGUCUCGUAGCAGGUGACAUGCUGCUGCGUUUUGAGUGGAUGGAGUCAAUGGCCCUUUAUUGGCUCUGGUACCAGUACCCACCCACUCGCAGAUUCCGCUGCUUGCUCAUUCUCUUGUCCUGGCGCUAUCCAGAGGCAUGGCUGCUAGGUUUUAGUAAUGAGUGUCGGUUCUAUCAUCCUUUUGUGAUCACAAUUUACAAUACCGAAAGCCACCUGUGGCUUGUUUUUUCUUGUUUCUGAUUGAUUCAUUAUUGCGGUAUAGUAUC